AAAGCUUGUAAAGGGCAUGUCAUUACUCUACCUCAGGAUGUACAACAGCUUGCAGACAUACUACCUAGAUUCCCCAAGGACCUUCCAGUAAUUGUUUUCAUUAUUUCUGGAAAGAACAAUGAUUCUAAAGAUUUUAUUGUGAGAAAAAAAGUUGAUGAUGCUCUCUAUUGGCUUACUGGUUUUCAUGAAAGAGGAAAACCCAAUAAUGUGCUAUAUCAAAAUGUUAAAAUAGAUUCACAGUCACUUCAGACUUUACCUGAAAAUGGUAUGCUUACUGGUGUCAACACAUUGGAAUGUGUUGACGAUGAUGCAAGUGAUGAACCAGGCAUAGAUACUGGACCAGACAAUUCAGAGAAUUACGAAAAAGUGUACCAUGAUGAAAGUGACAUGAGUAGUUUCCUA